ACUAAUUAAGAAAAAUAUUAAAGAAAGUUCCAAAAGCAAACAGCAUUAAACCGGCUUAGAAGCAAUUGCCGAAUUUGAUGUGACGAAAAACCAUAAAUAUUUCUCAAAAGAACUAAUUACUUUUUUGACCAUUAAAGUCUGAUGGAUAUUUGCCAUAAUUCACCGAGGAUAAUAACAAUUCUAGUUUCCAAGAAUGUAGAUAGUUUUGUGCAAAAAUUUGAGGGUGGAAGAAGAGUUGUUGUUUUUACAAAAUCGAACGCUUGUAUAAAAGAUGAAAGCAAUGCAUUUCAAAUUCAUUCUUCAUUCGAGUUUUCGUAUUAACAACAAUAAUCAAACAAGGAAGAGGAGAAAAUGCGCGUUUUCAUUGUAUUGUGUUUGGUGGCUACAGCUUGUGCCCAAUAUAAUUAUGGAGCUGGUACCAGUGGUGGAAAUUAUGGAGCUGCCAGUAGCCUAACUCCCUCCUUUGCUCCUCAGGGUUCUACGCUCGAAAAGGAGUUCUAUACAUUCACUGCCAACGAUGCUGAUUUCAACGAACCCGCUGCCUCCAACAACUACAACACCGCUGCCAAACAAAAUCUCCGUGUUAUCUUCAUCAAAGGUCCCGAAAACAAAGGUUUCGAAGAUGCUGUCGUUGGUUUGGCUAAAAAGGCUGCUGAACAAAGUACUGCCAUUUAUGUGCUUAAUAAACAACCUGAUCUCGCUGGACUGGCUGAUAAAUUGAACGCUGUCAACAACAAUGUCAACCACAAACCCGAAGUUCACUUUGUCAAAUACCGCACCCCUGAAGAUGCCGCUAAUGCUCAAAGAGCCAUUCAAAGUCAAUAUGACAGUUUGGGUGGUACCUCUCAAAGCUUCAACGGUGGUGUAGCUCCAGCCCUGAACUUUGCUUCCCAGGGAUCUUAUAGUGCCGGUUCUGCUCCAACCAAUUCUUAUGUUGCACCUGCCUCUGGUGCUGCCUUGAGUCAAAGCUAUUUACCAGCUUCACUUUUGCGUCGUCUUCGUCACAAGUAAUUUAGUUAAUAUUUUUGGGCAUUAUGUGGGAUAAGUUAAAUUGUCGAUAUUGUUAUAGCGAAUCGAAUAAAAUUCAU